GUUAAAUGGUGUUAAAGGAUUGAAGGGUGAAGCAGGUCAAAAGGGUGACAGAGGACCCCUUGGUCUUCCAGGAGCAUCUGGCUUAGACGGAAAGCCAGGAGCCCGGGGUUCAGAUGGCCCUAUGGGACCCCAUGGCCCUGCAGGUCCCAAAGGAGAAAGAGGUGAAAAAGGAGCUAUGGGAGAGCCGGGACCCCGAGGGCCGUACGGUCUGCCCGGGAAAGAUGGAGAGCCUGGUCUUGAUGGUUUCCCUGGUCCACGAGGCGAGAAGGGUGACCUGGGAGAAAAGGGGGAAAAGGGAUUCCGUGGCGUUAAGGGGGAAAAAGGGGAGCCAGGCCAGCCUGGCCUGGAUGGGCUGGAUGCCCCUUGCCAAUUGGGGCCAGAUGGAUUACCCAUGCCUGGCUGUUGGCAAAAGUGAUGAAUCUAACCUUCCGAGCAUGACGUUGUGUAUAUAAUGGUCCACUUUUUAUAUUUAUAGUUGAAAUUGGAUUGCAGAUUGUACAAGUCUGAGAUAUGUUUACAUGUCGCUGCUUCUUCCUGUUUGCUAUAGUACACAUAUCCAUCUUUUCUUCCCUUACAUCUAAAAUCGGGCAAGAUGUGAAACCAGUAAGAAGCCUGCAGAAAAUAUAGAUCAGUAUCUCUUUAUCUUAUGCGAAGAUAUGUAUUUAUAUGGACCCAGUGAUAGGAAUUGAUUGUUCUUGCUAUUUUCUUACCUUGGGCUUGUUAAUUGCAUGGGCAAAAAGCGCCAUGAGAUAGUUUACAUGAAAUUGUGACCAAAUAUGAACUCAAAGCUAUGAAAACAUACCAUACUGACUGAUUUUAGAGUUUGUCAUCACAGCCCUGCUCACCUUUGCCGUUCAUACCCACACCACCCACUGAAACUGACUAAGAAAGCAUGAUCGUGUGCCAAGCCUGCUUGCUGUGCACCUUCAGAUGCUAGCAUGCCGCGUGAUGAGUCAUUUGAUCACAACGGAGCUUUUAUUUCUUUUGUCAUCUCAAGGGGGUUACACCGUGGCUUAUUGCCAAAAAGUGAUAAGGUGGCGGAGAGCACACACACAAAUGGUCUUGUAUUUUACGGGCGCUGCGGUCCCAACUACGGAUCUUCAGCUUCCAGUAUUGUGGGCUCACGUGGCCUCCUUGGUUAAAAUGUCCAGGGGCUGAGCUGGCUGCUGACACCAGUUUUCCUUGGGCUCCCCUUGGCAGUGAAGACAAGGAGAGAGGAUUGGUUCAGCCUCCUGCGCUGUCUCUCGUGUGACCAAGUAGAAAAGAGGUUUACAAAAAGGCAGGCACCCAGAAUGGUGGACUUUUAUUUUUUAAAUAAACCAAAUUCCAGCAAGUGUUAAAAUGGGUGCAUUUGGAAAAUGACAGAAGCAUACAGCACUUCUUUGGGGUAGGAGGUUCUUGUAAUGGCAGUCCCUGUUCCUGAAGAAAAAACAUGUGUGUACAUCUCACCAAAGCUUGGGUUGCUGAAGAAAUAACAAAUCCCAGGAAAGGGGUGGAUGAGACAACCUUUCCUGAAAAUGUAGGGGAGUUCACCUUGCAUUACCUACAGAAGCUGAUGUGAGCUUCCCUCCCAUCCAAGAUCCAAUCCAUGCUGAACAUUUUCUACAAACUUUUAGAAACAGAUAUUUUCCAUUCUUUUUAAUACUUUUCUCUUUUAGUCCCAGGAAUAUUCAGGAAACUUUUCUUUUUCAGCCUUUGUCACAUUUAUUUUGAACAAUUGUUUUUUUUUUUUUUUCUUCAAAGCCUUGCAACUUGGUACACCAAUGGUCCAGAUGAGCUUUUGCUAACUUCUCUCUUGUUCUAAAUAAUUGAGUAGAAUAUAAAAGAAGCUCCACUUUCAGUUCAAUCGUUGUAAAGCAUCAAAGUUAAGCCAUUUUUCAGGACUUUUUGACUUUUUUUGUAGGAUGAAUAUAACAUACAUAGUGAUUAUCAGUUAAGAUAAAGUCAAGAUUUGGUCACAUUUGAUAGUAUUAACUCAUUUCUAUUUCUUUUAGUUCUAUUGAGAUCUAAGUUGUAUCUAUAUUUAGAUUUCUUUUAUCUUUUUUAUAUUUCUAAAUGUUUGUCUUAUGCACAGACCAAAUCUGAGAUCUCAGAAAGCUGUGAAAUAUAGUUGCCAUUAAGAGUAUUUUUUCAACUACUUGCUCAAAAGUUACCUAACUGUAUUAGACUGAGCAUUUCUUUGCACAGUAAAGAGUUGCUAGCGUGUUUUGAAAUGACUUGUUCUAGUGGAAGGGUUACAUUAGGAGGAACAUCAUCAAUGAACAGUCACUCUUUCAACCCAUUGGACAAUAUAAUUUCUCAUUUCAGGCCAUUUUGUUGGAAAUUUUCUGGUUUCAUGUAUAGGUUUUCACCAGCAGAGGGGAAAUUACCUCACCAUUGGCUUCUGGUGACAACAGUUAGGAUAUGAUUGUAAGACAGGGAUCCUAAGAUCCUUAUGAUCUCUUUCAAAUUAUUUAACCAAAUGCUCAGUUAACAAAAUGCCUUCUUUUUGUUUUGAUUACGUUUUGGAGAAUUGAAAAAUGUUUGAACGAAUCUAUCAAUCAAGUUGGUAACAUUUCUAGUAACAUUCCACACUCCGAAACCAAUUUAGCUUUUUUUCAAACAGAAGAGGGCAUUUUCUACCCAUCUCUUGUAUGAGCUGGCUAGGAUAUGGUGUUUUUUCAAUGUCUGAAAAAAUUUGUCUUAAAUGGUUUGGAAAAAUGAACUAAAGCGGGUAAAGCUACAAUCUCUUCAGGAAAACAAACAGUAGUGUCUUGAGAAAAAUCUGGUGGCUAUAUUUCUUCCUAUCUAUCUUUCUUUCUACUCCUCUAGCAGAAAGAGGAAUCGAGAUGGAUCACUGCUUAAAACUUGCACAGCUUCAAAAGAGAAUACCUCAACAUCAAAAGAUAAACAUUUCAUGUACAAAAAAUAUAUAUAUUUUUUAAACACAGCCCUUUAGAAUACUGUUCUAUCCUAUAUGUAAAUUGAGGUUUUGCUCCAUAACUGAUUUGACAAAAUUGAUUUUUAUUCCAUGAUUAAAGGAAGCUGUAAACUUUCAAUAUAUUUAUUUCUUUGGGGAAAACCAAAGGACUGUGGUCCUCCUCUUUGUUCCAUGGAAUUACUAGGUCUUAACCACCAUGCAUAAUCGUCAGCUUUUGUUAUUAAAAUAUUUUAAAUCAUCCAUUUUGUUAUCAACAUAGAAAAUCCUCAAGUAAUUGCCUAAUGAACUCAUGAAUGUGUCCGCUGAUAUAUGUGUUGGCAGAUACAUAUCUUUCUUUAAGUUUUCUUUCUUUUAAUUUUUCAUUGGAUAGAAGAUUAAGAAAAAAUACAUGAAAGACACAUUGGAAAUAAGUCAAGAUCAGGUUCUAUUUCUGAUAAGCAUCUUUAAAGAAUGUCAAAUUGGUAUGUGUUUUAGCUUUUAAGUUGUUUUCCAUUUAUGUUGGUGCUAAUGUAUUUCUUUUUCUUGAUGGAAAAUGCAAUUCUACUAUGGAUAAUUUCAUUUCUCUGUUUAAUAGCAUUCCUAAACUGUUAGUGUGUGAUUUUAACUUUAAAGUUUAUGGAUUUACUAUAAUUAUGGUUCAAUGACCAGUCUUUCUUAAUGUAAAAGAAAACAAAACAUCGUACCCUUAGAUGAUGCGUGUUUGUUUGGAUUGUGGAUCCUCUUAUUUAAUGUUCAUUUCAUGUACCAUAUGCCUUUAUCAACUUUCAUCUUUUAGCUUAUAUAAUUUGAUCGAGUGACAGAACCAACAUUAGACAAGUCUGCAUACAUUCAUAGAGUACCUGACACAUAAAUAUGCUGAAAUUUUUCUUCUAGUUUUCAUUUUCACUAUGAAAAGCAGUCAUGAAAGGUUUUUCUUUCUUAUUUGAUUUCAUAGAAAACAUGAGAAUAUCUUUAAUUUCUACCAAAAAUUAUCUGUUCUUAAACCCUGUGCAUGAUGUUCUGAUGGGACAGUAAGAACUCCGAUUCACCCAGUAGUUCAAUCUAUAUAUGCUUUGUCUGCAAUAUAUAUAUAUAUAUAUAUACACCUCUCUGCUAGUUUGGAAAUGAUCAAAUCAGCAUGAUCAAAUUAAUGGAAAAAUUAACUGGCAUCAUAUCUUUAUCACUUAGAAAACAUGCUUAAUUUUCCAAAGUUUUAUUUUUAAUGUUUCUAUUGUAGCAUAAAAAGUUAACACAAUAUUUCAUUCUUUUUUUUUUUUUGACCAUUAUAUAUAAUCUUGCCCAGAAAUAAGCAAUGCUUGUUAAGGUGGGUGAUAUUUUUAUGUCUCCUAAUAAAUGAUCAUAGGAACAUGCAGAUAUUGAUAUUUGAAAUCUUGUUUUUCUCUACUUCUUGAUGAUGAAUUUAUAUUAAUAGUUACUAUUACCAAAAACAAACUUUAAAAUUUUUUACCAAAACAAACAAAAACCUUGCUAUCUCUAAAAAGUCAGGACUACAACAAUUUAGCCUUAUAUUCUCAAAAAUAAUGACUAAGAACAGUCACCUGUGAUUCUGGCUGUUAAAACAAUUCAUUCCUAGUGGAAUUAACAUACUUGACCAGUUAUGAUUCUGCUAAGUUAUUUUAGAAUAUAAAGACCUUCAAUCCCUAAUCUUUUCCAUUUUUGUUGAAAUAGCUUCAUAUCAGCUGGAUAUACUAUAUGCCAUAGCAGAUAUACCCUUACAACUUAAAUUUUAAGUGGAUUUUGCUUUUGCUAAUUCAAUACUGAAAUAUUUUAAUGGCAUUUCUCAUUUUUUAAUGUAUUUAAAUGCAGAAGUUACCCUAUGCUGCUUAUUGACAAAAUUGUCCUUUGGGGAAUAAGAAGACUUUUUCAACCUGACCUAUUACAUUUGAUUUACUGAUAACAAAGUACCAACAUUUCUCAAAAUGCAGUGGAUAUUCUCAUAUAUAUCAGAAAUAUUAAUAAAUUGGAUUCACAAAAGAAUGUCUUACAUAUUAUUGACAUUUAUGUGAAUAUUCUUUAUACUGUUGUAAAUGUUUCAUGCAAUUUAAUAACAUUUUUAAAAGAUGUAUGUAUCUGAUUUUCCUUUAGAAAAUAUAUUUUUAUUUGUAUUUUUUACAUUUUAAAGUUCAUCUCUAUGUGCAGCUAUUUUUAUAUUGCCAAAAAAAAAUCACAUAAAUACAAAAUGAGAGAAAAUGCAAAAAAAAAAAUAUUUUGGCAAGCAUUACACUGCAUAUUUUUCUUAAUGUUUUGUGGGCCAGUCUCAUAUAAUUGAUUAUUCUAAGAAUGUGUUGUGUCUUACCACUGUAAAUAUGGCACAAACCUGUUUUUCUUGAUAGUGUAAAUAAUUGAAAGAUUGAAUUCUCCCUGUUUGAUUUCUUGUUUCAUUUCACUAUCAUUUCUCCAGCUGAGAUUACUGAAUCAAAAGACACAAAUGGUUUUUGAUUUGCAGCCUGGAGAUAACUGCCUUGUGUUCAGUUUCUAAUUUGUUUUUAUUUGCUUUUUUAACUUGUUUUCAGGGUUCCUAGUUUGUGAGAAGUUGAUCUUCAUAAUUAUUUUUACACUAUUUAUGACUUAUUUUCAUAAUGUAAAAAGUGUGUAAUUAUUACAAUAUUAAUCCAAACAUGGUCAUGAAUUGUAUUGUUAUAAAGCUUUAUUGAUGUUCACGAA